AGCAAGGCAUUUUACGAGAGGGCGGGACGGUCAAGGUCGUACUGGAAGUUAAAGACAAGACAGGAGAGCACCCUGUCCGCCGUGCCGUGCAUUAAACAUACGCCUCGCCAAUGCAAUCGAUUCAGACCGCAUUCCGUUCGUCCAUCGGCCGGAACGCUCUCAACGUUUGUGCCCGCUCGUUACAUUCCUCCACAUCUCUCAACAUGCCUGUCAAAGUUGGAGAUAAGGUUCCAAGUGUAGAUCUCUAUGAGAAAACCCCAGCAAAUAAAGUGAACUUUGCAUCACUUUGCGAGGGGAAAAAAGUUGUUGUCUUUGGAGUUCCUGGAGCUUUUACACCAGGAUGCUCAAAGACUCAUCUACCCGGCUAUAUUGCUGAUGCUGAUAAAUUCAAAUCCCAGGGUGUGAGCGAAAUUGUUUGCAUUUCUGUGAAUGAUGCAUUUGUUAUGGAUGCAUGGGGACAGGCUCAUAAAACGGACGGAAAGGUUCGCAUGUUGGCCGAUCCCAGUGCCCAGCUUACCAAGGAAUUGGGUCUUGAUCAAGAUCUCCCUCCCCUAGGUGGCGUCAGGUCCAAGAGGUUCUCUAUGAUUGUUGAAUCAGGUGUGGUUAAAACUUUGAAUGUUGAACCUGAUGGCACUGGUCUUUCCUGCUCCCUGGCCAACAAUCUUGCUCUAUAGAUGGUUGGAAGUUUCUUUAUAUUUCUAGGAGCCUUUUAAAUGUUCAAUUCCUCAUCACAAACUGAUUUUAACUACAUGUUCGCUUGGAACACCUGUCACUCCUGUAAUGUGCAUCUGAAAUAGAUGGCUCUCCAAUAGUAUAA